AGUUGAUGUUUGCUGUUCAUUCGUUGUGGAUCGUUUGUGGUUGCCGGCCGCUAUUUGAAUAUCGUGUGUAGAAGCAAAUAAUAACAAAUAGAACCAAACCCAGAAAUUAUUUGUAAAUACUUUUGUGGGAAAAUCCGAAAGCUCUUUUCGCACAUAAACUAAACGCUCGGUUUUUACAGAAAAUUAGCUCAGUGACGUAUCCGUUGCGUAUACGCCGUGCUCGAAAGUAUUCAAAGUAAAAACAAAAACCAAAAACCAAAGAACGAAACAAAUUUAAAUAAUUCAAAUAAAUUCGCCUAAAUGCGUGAUCGUCAUUUGGGCAAAAUGCCGCGUGGUGGAACAACAACAGCACGCUAUGAGGAGGAUCCGGAUAAUGCCUGGAACUGCUGUUCCUGGUGUGAAUACUUGCUGAUUGUCAUACUGUCGACCAUACUCUUGGUGGGUGUCCUAAUACUCACUCUGUUCUGGGUAAUGUUCUACCGUGGUGGCUUUGCCUGGUCGGAGCGACCCCUGCAACAGUUCAAUUUGCAUCCCAUCUUGAUGGUUGCCGGCUUCGUAACGCUCUCUGGAUUUUCUAUCUUAAUUUAUCGGCUGUGCCGUUGCGUGAAACACAUCUAUGUGAAACUGAUUCACAUGUUCUUUCAUGCCGUUGCGAUACCCUGCAUCGCCCUCGGUUUCCUCUCAGUCUUUGACUCGCACAAUGCAUUGCAAAAGAUAAAUUUCUACAGUCUGCACUCGUGGCUGGGUUUCGUGACAAUGGGCAUGUUUGUGCUGCAAUUUGUAAUUGGAUUCUUCAGCUUUCUGGUUAUGCUCUGCUGUGAAAAUAAGACAUAUAGCUGUCGCUCAGCCAUGGUGCCCAUUCACGCCAGCAUGGGUUUGGCCAAUUUCUGGCUGGCCAUUGCCACAUCCGUCACCGGUAUUAUUGAGAAAGAACGCGAAACUGCCAAGGAUCCCAGCUUGAGCGAGGAAAAUCGACUCAUUGAGCAUUAUAUAACGAGCGCGAUGGGACUGACCCUGAUCGUGAUUGGCAUUAUCGUUACCUUUGCGGUGAGGAGGACCAAUGCGCCCGCAUCCGCCAAAGUCUACGUCACCGAACGCAUUUAGAUGACAGCCAUGCCCAAGACCAUGUCCAUGCCCAUGCCAGCGCCCGUGGCACAGCCAGUGUUAUAAUCCAAGGCUUAUGUUUUCUACAUCACUCGGUGCAUCUAUACUAUAUAGUAUAUAGUAUAUAAUAUAUAGCUGUGCAAUCUAUAAAUUGGAUACAUCAAAUCUCUGUUGUCUGCAGCACGAAAACGAUAAACACGCUUUAGCAUUCUCUUCAUAAAUACAUAUAUAUAUACACUACAUACUAUACAGUUAUGCCAAAUCAAAAUCUCUUUAUCAACUAAAUCAAAAUUAGAUCUUUUCUCUAUUCAACUUUUCCGCUAAGUAGAUUUUUAGGGUUAGGUAUCUCAUUCUAACAUUCUAACAAACUCACACAACACACAUUUUUGUACUCCACCAAGCAGACAGGAUCACAAGGUGGAUAUAGACAGACCUAAAUUUAUAGAAUAGCAACUAUAGAACCGCCCAGCCACACAGACCAAGUGUAUGAAACUACAAAGUGAAUCAAAAUAAAAUUUAUGACAAAAAUAAAAUACAGCUGAAUUCUUAGCCAGUUUUUUGGUAGUUUUCUAGACAUUUUUACCCAAAAAAAGAGAACGAAAAGAAACUAUUCAAUAUACUACUACUUAUACAAAACUAAUGCAUAACCUUUAAACAAAACUAUACAAACGUAGAUAUUGUCGCAUUUGAUGUUUCUUUUUGUAAUUGUGCAAAUAAUUGUAUUUCAUAAAAAAAAACUAAGCAAUAUAAGUUGUAAACCAAUUUUACAAGUACAUCUAUAAUAAAUGAUUUUUUUAUUUAUUACA